AAAUAUAUCUAUAUGUAUAUCACAUUUGUACCUAUAUAAGAAUGUUCUGAUUCAACACUACGCAAUGAGGCCUCUUGGUCGUAGACUCUGAACUGAAAACAACCGUAAAUCAACUACAUAGCAGACUACGGCAAUCUCAUGGAUGCAGCAACCAACUCAGAAACUCCACAAGAUACUCUAUAUGAAGAAAUUAAAUCCUUCUUUGACUCAGCACCUCCUCUAAAAGAUGGUCCUGGUAUCAGUAAGAAAUUAAAUGAAUUUAUCGAGAGGAAUUCUAAGUCAACAGGAGGCGAAGGAACUGGCAGGGUCGUCUGUGUGACAUCUGGUGGUACAACAGUUCCUUUGGAGAAAAGAUGUGUACGCUAUAUUGAUAAUUUUAGUUCAGGUCAUAGAGGAGCAGCAUCCACAGAGUAUUUUUUGAAGGCUGGAUAUUCCGUUAUCUUUCUCUACCGUAGGGGUUCCUGCCAGCCUUUUUGUGGAUCUCUUCCAGAAGAUCCAUUGCUUGAAUGUUUUGAGGUCAGCGAGGAGCUUAAUAUUCAAGUGCACCAGUCACAUUCUGAAGCAGUGAAGAGAGCCAUCGGUGAACAUUGUGUUGCAGUAGAGGGAGGCCUCUUGUUGAAACUUCCCUUCACUACCAUAUUUGAGUAUCUUCAGAUUUUACAGCUGAUUGCAAUGUCAAUGAGGAAUCUUCAGACACGCGCAAUGUUUUAUCUUGCAGCUGCUGCAUCUGACUUCUAUGUUCCAUGGAAGAGUAUGGUGGAACAUAAAAUUCAGUCUGCAUCUGGUCCUUUGGAUAUGCAACUUGUUCAAGUCCCAAAGACGCUGUCCGUGUUGAGAAAUGAUUGGGCUCCCAUGGCCUUCUUCAUAUCAUUCAAGCUAGAGACAGAUUCCAAUAUUCUUCUACAGAAGGCUGACAUGGCCCUUAAAAAGUACAAGAUGCAUGUGGUAGUGGCAAAUGAGCUUUCAACACGUAAAGAGAAGGUUGUAGUUGUCACGAGCAGUGAAAAGAUUUCAGUUCUUCGAGACUCCACUGAAGCUGAUGCUGACAUAGAAAACCCAUUGAUCAAACUCCUUGUGGAGAAACAUUCAUCUUACGUUGAAGAUUCAAAUUCUUGAUUGCUUACAACGCCAGAUAUGUGACAAAUAGAUCAAAAGUGUUCAAAUUAUGCUCCCUGACAACAAAAUUUUUAAAGGUCUGAUAAGAGCUGUGUCGUCUAACUUCAUUUUUGUCAUAACUGCAAGCGAAGUCUUCUAUUAUAAUGUAAUCUGCAACAUUGAGGCAGCUUUUUGUUGUUAUCUUGAUAGAAAUAUUUUGAAGAGAUUGGAAAGAAAUACUAUAAUUUCUUCCUUUUAUAUGGAAGAAUUUGGACUUUCAUGUGUGAA